UGGGCUACAGCUUCUGCUUUUGGUUAGACCCCGCCCUGUCAGGGUGCGCGCAUUCUCCGCCUCCAGGUGUCGCUGUUACUGACCGGGCGCGUGCGCUGCUGGAAUCGCGGAUCCCGAAGUGAGGAAAAGUGUUGGGGUGCGGGAGGAGGAGGCGUCCCCCUAAUCUAUCAGCCGGGUCCAGAUAGGAGAACGCAGGAGCCGGGAUGGAGGAGCUGCUCUUACUGCCAGGAGAGUCCGUUAAGGACGUCGCCAAAGACGUUACGUACAUCUGCCCAUUCAGCGGCGCUUAUAGGGGAAGCUUCACCGUCACCAAUUACCGACUCUAUUUCAGAAGUCUGGAAAGGGACAGACACCUCGUCCUGGACGCCCCUCUUGGAAUUAUCAGCAGAAUAGAGAAAAUUGGGGGAGCUGCCAGCCGUGGAGAAAAUCCUAAUGGCAUAGAAAUUGUCUGCAAGGAUAUGCGAAACAUCCGAUUUGCCUACAAACAAGACCUGCGCACUCGUAAAUCUGUAUUCGAGAAUCUGAUGAAGUUUGCCUUUCCAUUAAAUUAUGGCUUGCCUCUCUUUGCAUUUGAGUACAAAGAAGUGUUCCCUGAAAAUGGUUGGAAGGUCUAUGACCCGAUCCAGGAAUACAGACGACAGAGCAUCCCAAAUGAAAGCUGGAGAAUUACCCGAGUGAACGAGCGAUACAAUUUGUGCGACACCUACCCAGCAUGUUUGGUUGUGCCGGCAAAUAUCUCCGAUGAAGAACUGAGAAAAAUAGCAGCUUUCAGGGCGCAGGAUCGGAUACCAGUACUGUCAUGGAUUCAUCCUGAAAGCCAGGCUGCUAUAACUCGGUGUAGCCAACCCUUGCCGGGGGUCAAUGGCAAGAGAAGCAAAGAGGAUGAAAAGUACCUGCAGUCUAUCAUGGAUGCCAAUGCUCAGUCCCACAAAAUCUUUAUCUUUGAUGCAAGGCCGAGUGUCAAUGCUGUGGCAAACAAGGCUAAAGGCGGAGGGUUUGAGAGUGAAGACGCUUAUCAGAACGCAGAGCUGGUCUUCCUGGAUAUUCAUAAUAUUCACGUGAUGAGAGAGUCGCAGAGAAAACUCAAGGAGAUCUCGUACCCGAGCAUUCAGGAGGCAAACUGGCUGUCUAACCUGGAGUCUACCCACUGGCUGGAGCAUAUCAAGCUGAUCCUUUCUGGUGCCUUAAGGAUUGCAGACAAAGUGGAAUCGGGAAAGACGUCCGUGGUGGUGCACUGCAGCGAUGGCUGGGACCGCACUCCCCAGCUCACUUCCCUGGCUAUGAUCAUGCUUGAUGGCUACUACCGGACCAUCCGAGGCUUUGAGGUUCUUGUGGAGAAGGAGUGGGUCAGCUUUGGGCACAGAUUCUAUCAGAGAAUCGGUCACGGAGAUAAGAAUCACGCGGACGCUGACAGGUCGCCCAUGUUCCUGCAGUUCAUUGACUGUGUUUGGCAGAUGACCAGGCAAUUCCCAAAUGCCUUUGAAUUCAACGAGCACUUUUUAAUCACCAUUCUGGAUCACCUCUAUAGCUGCUUAUUUGGAACGUUCCUCUGUAAUUGUGAGCUGCAGAGACUCAAAGAGGGAGUCGUGGAAGAAUCGGUCUCUCUUUGGUCCUUCAUCAACAACCAGCUGGAGGACUUUACAAAUCCAUUGUACGUGAACUACUCCAGUCAUGUGUUGUACCCGGUCACCAGUACUCGGAAUCUGGAACUCUGGGCGGGAUACUAUAUAAGAUGGAAUCCUAGAACAAGACCACGGGAGACCAUCAACAGUCAAUACAAAGUUCUACUGGCCAAGCGUGCAGAGCUUCAGAAGCGCCUGGAAGAGCUUCAGCGAGAGAUUAGCAACCGUUCAACCUCCUCAUCUGACCGUGGAAGCUCCCCUCAACCCGUCCCUUCCGUGCAAACUGUCGUAUAACCUGAAGGCAGUUGUUUUCAGUGGUGGAACCUUGUAUCAGUCCAGUGGUAGACACUUGAGGUUAUUCUUCAGGUGGAAUAACUUAUUGGGAACCCUGGCCUUGCUGAUAAAGCUAAGCUACUAAUACAGCAUUGAUUGUGUGCUCCCUACAUCCUUCUCCAACUGGGCCUCCUUAUAGCCAGAUCAGUAUUUAGUCAACACUAAUUUUAAAAAAAACCUAACUUAUAAAUGUCAUGGAAUUUAAUGUUGCACUGCUGCCGGAUAUUACAGACACGCUGUACUCAGGCUGUUUGUUUCCUAAA